CAUCAUUUUUGAGAUCCUUGCCAAAUCUCGGGGUGGCCCAACCUCUCCCGCGAAUGACCAACCAAUCAAUUUGCUGGAUUUUGCUUGAGCUACUAGAUUUCGCGCUUCCACCACUUCCCAUUCUAUCGCUAUUGGCUGGAUGUUUUGUCGCUUGUCUAACCCCGGACCCCUAUGUGGCCAGAGAGACUUGCAAGACCUGCCAAACUACCUAGACAUUUCGGCCAAUUUUACUCGAUCCCAAGCCCUUUUCCUCGACCUACAUAUUCCCGUCGGCUAGGUUUACUGAUAUUCCAUUGGAUCCUCUAUGCUUAUGCUUCCGUCCAAGGGAGAUCUAGUACUAUUAUCAGAACUAUUCUCCACAAGUCAACAGGUACAAGCUUAUUACCUAGAUGCACCCAUCACUCACAAAAUGCUUAGACUUGACUAAAGAUCUAGAAUACUGGAUGCCUUUAUGUCCGUGUGGCGGCUCGAGUUGCCUUGUGUUGCGGGGAGCUGAGGGAAAUGCCAUCAUAUAUGAGAUAGCGACUUCCCACACCGCAGGCCUUGAGCCUCACCCUUCCUGUAUAAUGCUAUCAUAGAGCAUAGUGCUACUUUUGGAGAAAGUCUCGUCUUUUCAAGCGGAGCGCGGUGCCUAGGGGUCUGCAAUGCGUCCUUCACUGAAUUUGUAGGAGUUUUGUUCCUAAUGGUACUCAUAUCCUCUCGUAUCCUUAAUCCCUUCAAUCAUAGACCGUUACGGCCGCUACAAUGCCCCAUUAUAUCCUUACUUUUUGUGUUCUACUUUUGUUGCUCGGAACCACCAGUUGCCUCCAAGUCACACCAGGCUCGUCAUGCGCCUCGCUGUGCUUAGACCAUUCUGACGGCGACUCCCAAGACCCAGCAGCAUCAUCGACCAACUCGUCAGAUAUUUCUUGCUUCGAUAGUGAAUAUAGUUCCACAACAGCAGGAAUUAAAUUCCAGGAAUGUCUUUCGUGUUUGCAAGAGAGCAAGACUGUGAAUGGCACGGAGAAUGAUGUAUCCUGGUUUUUAUACAACUUGCGGUACACCCUUGACGUAUGCCUGUUCGCGUUUCCGAAAGCUCAGAAAUCCGUUUCGUCUCCUUGCGAUAUCGACUAUGGAUGUGCUCCCUUAGCUGAGUCACUCAAGUAUGAUCUCUUAAACCCCAACAAUGGAUCAGAGUUUGGGUACUGCACGGCGGACAAUGGCAGUUUUAAAGACCCAGCUGUUGAAGCAUGCUAUCAAUGCUUUCAAGCAAGUACUGAUCAAAUUUACAUGUCAAAUUUUCUUCUAGCUUUGAAGGCCGGAUGCCAGCAGACCCCUCAGCCGGGUACUCUACUCGGUUUAUCGGGAAAGCUCUUCUCAGAGAACCCAAUCAAUAUCACGGCGCCGCCUAGCAACGGCACAGCAGGGACAAGUAAUUCCAACCCGGCAGCGAUGACCAACGGGACAAUCGCGGGCAUUGCCACCGGAUCGUCAUUGUUAUUCCUUGGUGGUGUGGGGCUGUUCGCAAUUCAUCACCGCCGAGAGAAGAGGCUGGCACGAGAUCAGAACAGCAGAAUGGGAUCAGACUACGACCCCCGAAUAGGCAGUAGCGCCAUCACAGCACCGAAUAAAGGAGCUUUCACGUCUAUCGAAAGUAGGCCCCCCGUUGCUAUGAUGAGCGACUACGAGCUCAAGGCGCAGAAGGCAUAUACGAACAACGCCGAAUACUACGAUGUCCUGGAGAAAGAGAUGUCAAUUCGACGGGCAAAUUAUACCUUUGAUCCACGGAGUGGUCGCCUGGGUUCCAACGGCGCCUUGCCGACUCAUCCAGCGUACGUCCCCGGAAAUAUAAGCCGGAGCUCAUCAAGAACUGUCACUCCCAUCCCCCCACCCGCCGUGAAAUACCACCCACCGGAUUCCUACGCCUUACAGCAAUACCUCAACGCCGCGGAAGACGCCGUCUCGAUACAUCUACCCCCACCACCCGCAACUCACCCACCGUCCCGAACGUCGAACCGGUCGCCUUCUCCCGCGGACUCGGCGACGACACGACUCAUACAGGUCACCAGCCUGUCACCACCUCCGCCCCCACCCCAGCCCCAACACCGCAAUAGAGUUCCGUCGCUGUCGCUGCCUACGGUGUCGCGGAUCAAGAUCCCCAAGAAGUACUCGCCACCGCAGAUCUACGUUCAAAGUGCGACGCCCGUCGACAGACAGAAUGGCGACAUGCAGAUCUCAAAACCCUUAAUAAUCCACGAGCGACGGUUCCAAGACCGUAGCGCCUAUGGAGCGCCCGUUGCCACCCAAACUAACCUGACAUCGGAUACGGAAAUCAUAGAACAGUAUAUUGCACCCCCGCCGUUGUUUAGAGAAGAUAUGAGCGUAAAAACUGGAGACAGCUCUUUCUACGGCUGAGGACGAUCUUCUAUACACAUUUUCGCAGUUUAUAUCUAGUUGAUACCCAGGUGGAUCUUUGUGAUAUCAGGUAUGAAUGGCGUUUUGGAUGCUUUGCUAGGAAUGAGUUAUGAAAAAUAGGUAUAGCAUGGAAUUGACAUUACAUAGAGUUGCAAACAUAACAGGCUGGAUGAUGAGCUUAAAGCCGAUCCUCUACUUGACGGACACAGUAGUUCGUAUAGGUAACCAUAUUGGUAGAUCUACCUAGCUACAUAAUUAACUUGAGACCUAUGACAGGAGGCUAGCAGGUUAGUGACUUUCACGGUAUUAUUUAAGUACAAACAAGCACAAUAUAUUCAGAUAGUAGCGUCAUCAAUUAGCGAUUCA